GCCACUCGUCGUUGGACAAAGGAGCGGGAGGAGGUUUGAAAGGAGCCGGUGGGGUGAAGUGACCGGGGGGUGGUGGUGGAGAGUUCGGUGAAGGCCUAGUCUCGUUUCUAAGCGGUUGCUGUGGUGCACUCGAGCUUGUUAGUCGUGCCAUGGAGGCGGACAUCCUGGACACACUCGAUGCGCUAGGGUACAAUGGACCCUUGUUGGAUGAAGAAGCACUUUUGAAAGCAGUUGAGACUGGGCCAUCUUCUUCGGAAUUUACUGAAUUAUGUGUAUGGUUAUCUUCACAGAUAAAACUGUUAUGUAAUUUGGAAGAAAGUAUAAAUAGUAUUACUAGUGCUGAUGAUAUUGAAAGCUUUCUGUUGGAGGUUAAUGGUUUCCUAAAAGAAAUGUCUUGCCCCUAUUCAACACUUCUGUCAGGAGAUUUUAAAGAGAGACUAAAGAAGAAGGAAGACUGCUUAAAACUAUUAUUGUAUCUUUCAUCUGAGCUUCAAACUGCCAGGAUCUUACAGUGUAAAUCUCCAGCAUCAAAAGCUGAAGGCAACAAAGAUAUUUCUCGGGAAAUUAAAUCUAUCUUUGCAGCGCUGGGCUUCCCCUGUCCCACAUCAGGUGUUGCUGAUGCACAGUUUUUUAAACCUGUAGAGGAAAAGGUGAAAACUAUUAUUUCCAAAGUUCCCAAAAGUCAUAUGAGUCAACCAUUGCUGAAGCAGACACUAAAUCCUGAACAAUGGGAGAACCUUGUGGAGAUAAAUAAAGCUCUCACUAGUGAGUAUGAGUGUCGCAGAAGGAUGUUGAUCAAACGUCUAGAUGUGACUGUCCAGUCAUUUGGCUGGUCUGACAAAGCCCAGGCAAAUACAGACAAAAUGGCAAAAGUCUAUCAACCAAAAAGGCAGUCUUUAUCGCUGAUGUCAACUGUAACCCUCGCUCACCUCCUGGCUGCGCGUGAGGACUUGUCCAAAAUCCUGAAGACCAGCAGUGGUUCCUUAAGAGAAGGAACAUCCUGUGCCAUUAACAAGGUUCUGAUGGGGAGAGUGCCUGACCGAGGAGGUAGGCCAUCUGAAAUAGAAGCUCCACCACCAGAGAUGCCACCAUGGCAGAAGAGACAAGAUGGUGGGAGAGGUGGAUUUGGUGGUGGAGGUGGCGGUCGUGGUUGGGGUGGUGGACAAGGAGGUGCAGGUGGCAGGGGUGGUGGAGGAAGAGGUGCACAAGGGGUAGGAGGUGGUUCUUGGGGGGGUGGAGGUGGCGGUUAUGGGGGUGGCUAUGGAGGUGGUGGCUAUGGGGGUGGCUAUGGAGGUGGUGGCUAUGGGGGUGGCCAGGGAGGUAGAGGUGGGAGAGGAGGGUAUGGGGGAAGAGGAGGUUAUGGGGGAAGAGGAGGGUAUGGAGAUACGGGAAACUAUAGUGGACGAGGGGGUUAUGGGAGAUACUAAAUGGACAUGACAGUUCGUUCUGAAUACCUGCAUAAACUGUUGACACUUAGAGCUACAUUGUUUGCAAUUAGUGCAACAGUGAAGUUUGUACCUGUAGCUAGAAUUAUUUUAUCUACCCAAGGUCAGAAAAUUACAGCAUUCAUUUAUCCUUUAGGGUACAUGAAUGGUAAAGGCCUUUUUAAAUAAAUAAUUAUGCAUACAUGGUACAUGUUGUUUACUACCGAAAACAAGAAACAUUUUUUUAUGUUCAUUGAAAAUGUUCAUUGUACAAAUGUCCUUUUUUAUGAGAAUGUGAUUAUUAAAAUUAUUUUACUGUGUAAAUGCUAGAAGGCUAUGAAAAGCUGUGAGCAGUUGAGAUUUUCUAAAUUACUAUAAAGAUUUUGGCCAUGUAGUAAUUAAAAAUGAACUAAUUAAUAAAUGGAGUUUUGUUUUGAGAUUGAA